AUGGUUAGGGUUCGCGAGGUGACAAAGGCUUGGGCGCUGAAGGACAAGGUACACUUGAAGUCCAUUGGUAAGGGUUUCAUUAUAUUCAGGUUCAGUAAUGCUGAGGACAUGACCGCAGUUUGGAAGCGAGGUCCGCUUCACGUGGAUGGCCAAACACUGAGAUUACAGCAAUGGAGAAAGGACUUUCAGGUCCAUGAACAGUCCAUUACUCACAGGCUAAUAUGGGUUCGUUUCCCAAAUUUACCUCAAGAAUACUGGCACGAUGAGAUUCUAUUAUCUAUUACGAAGGCAGUGGGGCAGCCGGUUGCCAUUGAUCAACGAACAAAGGACACGCACUACGGUCACUUUUUGAGAGUGUGUGUCGAUGUUGAUGACUUCAUCACGUGGGUGGAGGAAGUCUUUGUUGAAAGGGAGCAGGAGGGCUCGUCUGAGCUGUUCGUCUUCAAGCAGCAGGUAAUUUUUGAGGAGCCCUUGUCUUGGUGUGCUGGUUGUCCUCGAUAUGGGCAUAAGGCGGAGGUCUGCCCGGGGAAGAAGAGGGUGGAGGCCCCUGCAGAUCCAUCUCCAGGCGCUAACUACAUUGAUCCCCCUUGA